AUGGACGACAUGCAAGAAGAGCCGCAAUUUGUUGUCGAUGAUGUAAGUAAAAUAAUAAAAGAAGCUAUUGAAGUAGCGAUCGGUGGUGAUGCCUACCACCAGAAUAAAGUCGCUCAGUGGACAUCUCACGUCGUUGAAAGUUGCUUAGGAAGUCUAACUAAAUUACAAAAACCCUACAAAUAUAUUGUGACAUGUACAAUAAUGCAAAAAAAUGGAGCCGGAUUACAUACUGCAAGUUCAUGUUUCUGGGACAACACAUCCGAUGGAAGUUGUACAGUUCGAUGGGAAAAUAAAACAAUGUAUUGCAUAGUAUCUGUCUUCGGUCUCGCAAUUUAG